CGCCCGGCGCUUUUUUCCACCAGAAAGCCCUAAUGCAGCUGUGCAACUUUCAAAGUAAUUACUGCUGAGUCUGCAUAAUUUACGUGGUAAAUAUCUAACCUGAUGCCUCUGCGGGGUUGAAAGACAGAGAGCGGGAGAGAGGAGAGAUUAUCAAGAAACACUUGCGGGCGUCGGGACUUUGCGGUUGUGAUGUAGAUGGAUAACGUUCCGUGUUUAUUCUCUUUAUUAUGUACAUUUGGCCCAGUCAGCUUCCUCCGCGGGCUUUGGCGGGAGAGCCUUUUUCCAUCUCACAUUUUGGAUCGGAAAGAUCUCUUGGCAGCUCAUUUAUUCUCCUUUCUGAGUGUCGAAGCACUUUUGCGCCUAAUAAUGCGCUGACAGCUAGGCUUUGGCACAUUUUAAAUGUUAAACUGGUUGUUAAUGAUAGAUAGCCUGCAUUUAAUUAAUGUGAUUAAUGCAGAUUGUUGUUAACUUGCUAAGACCCACUACACAGAAGCCGGGCGGAUGGACGAGAAGGAGAGGAGGGGGGUAUAGUGUGUUUUCAAUUUGGACGCGCUCCGCUCGGUUACGCACAGGCGCUCCGGAGCAUCAGAGCUGCUCAGCCUCCUGUUUGACUGACUCUGGCACCGAGUGCGAGUCUGGAUUUAAUACAUUUUCCUCCACAUCUCCAAACUCCUGUAAAGUUACCAUCUGUUUCUUUCCCCUUUUUAGCAGAUGGAACAUCCUGGAUGCCCAACUUUAAGCUGGCUGCCUUUUUUUUUUUUCAACCCUGUGUUUGACAGUGCAAGUGUAAUACUGCCACUUACUGACGUGCCUUUGAGCAAGACACUGUGCAACAAACUGUCACAGCAGAUGCGCUAAAUGGAGAAGAGUGCAUGAAGCUUUGAGUUGUGGUUAAAAGAAACUCUUUUUCCGAUGAUGCUGUGAAAAUGUUCUUGCUCUCUCCCUGUGCGCAGAGUGCGAUGUGCUGUAUCUCCUGUAGCCACACCCUCUCACUACUGCUGUGCGUCCUCACCCUGACUCCGACGGCAACAGGGGCGGGCCCUGAGACCCUGUGCGGGGCGGAGCUGGUCGACACGCUGCAGUUUGUCUGUGGAGAGCGAGGCUUUUAUUUCAAUAAACCAACAGGCUAUGGCCCCAGUGCAAGGCGGUCACGUGGCAUCGUGGAUGAGUGCUGCUUCCAAAGCUGUGAGCUGCAGCGCCUUGAGAUGUACUGUGCACCUGUCAAGACUCCCAAGAUUUCUCGCUCUGUGCGUUCACAGCGGCACACAGACAUGCCAAGAACACCCAAGGUUAGUAGCAGAGCGAACAAGGGGACAGAGCGUAGGACAGCGCCUCAGCCAGACAAGACAAAAAACAAGAAGAGACCUUCACCUGGACAUAGUUCAUCCUUCAAGGAAGUCCACCAGAAAAACUCAAGUCGAGGAAGUUCGGGGGGCAGGAAUUACAGAAUGUAGGGAAGGAGCAAAUGGACAAAUGCCCAGCAACUUGGGAGGAGAGAAGGGAGUGGCCUUACCUGGUACCCCUGUGGAAUGGUUCACUGUAAAACAAAAGAAAGAAGAUGCUAAUAAUGACCUGAAAAGCUCUUCAAAAUGAUUGAAAACAGAGAGCUAGGUGGUGUGUAAGGGUCUGAUGUGGAAAGUUGUGAUUAUUUUAUACACUGCACCAUUCCAUACUGGGAGGAAUUCUUUGUUAAUGCAAUGUAACAGACUAGUUUAGCUGCUAAGACACGAACAAGAGCUUAUUAUACCUCCAUGUGGGAGCUGCAGCCUCCCCAGGCUCCAGGAAAGAUGGGAACGUAUCUGGGCCUCAGCCAAUCAGAGAGCAGCAUGACUGUGGCUCGGUCACAUUUAACAGUUAGUACCCCAGUUCAAAGCUGAUAUAUUACCUUCAGAGUUUGUUUUUAUGCACCAUCCAUUACUGUGGAUAUUUUUAUUAUGUAAAAAAAUAAAUAAAAAAGGUUUGCUUUAAGGACAAAGACCAGGUGGUUCAUCAGAGUUUGAACAUUGUUGUAGGUAUUUUAACUUGAGCCUAAGUCUAAACCUUACUACGAGGAGUCGCUGGAAGGUUUGAGAUCAGUCCAAAUCUCUCUUAAGCCCCAGGAAGUGUUCAAAACCUGAGGACUGAGUCUACAAUCCAAACAUUAUAAAAAGAGCUCAAGCACUAUUAGAGGGGAUUUUAAAGAAAGUAGGUAGUACAGAAGGUACUACAAAAACAAGACUGGGAUUUUUCACAUUUUCCAAAACAGAAAAACAAAUUAACCAGAAGCUAAAACUGAGUUCUCGUUUGGCCCUCAGAAGCGUGUCCUUCGGUGAAGUCAAAGUGCAUUUGGCAAACUGAAGCGGAAAAAGUCAAAUAAUGACAAUCAGGCAAAAUGUUUGUCGUCUGCAUCCUUUCACGUGUCAACACCCCAGCCAAAUUUGAUUUUUGACAACAGUUCAGUCAACA